AUGGCGCCCUCCAAAAAAGCGUCUAGCAGCCUCGCCCGACCAUCUCAGAAGAGCAAGCCACAAGCGGCGCCUCCCCCGAACUGGCCCGCCUUCAAACCUCUAGUCCCAACAUGCGACCUCUCCCUCUCCCCAGUCGUGCCGUCGCAGAUCGUGGUGGUGCGGAAGUUCUGGACGGCUGCGCUGUGUCGGGAUUACGUCGCGUUCCUGAAGGGCUUGCCGCUGACGACGACGCCUGGGAAGCCGAAGAAGGGCGAGGCCUUGAGGGUUAAUGAUCGCUUUCAGGUGCUGGAUGAGGCGUUUGCUAAUAGGUUGUGGAUUGAGACUGGGCUGAGGGAGUUGAUUUGUGGAAGGGAUGGAGAGGAGGGGGAGGAGGAGGAUGAGGGGGAGAUGAGUAAAGAACAGAGGAGGGAGUUAUGGGGAGGGGAUGUGGUCGGUUUGAACCCUUCAAUACGGAUCUAUCGAUACACGCAAGGCCAAUUCUUUGACUGUCAUUAUGACGAGUCCAACGUUUUGACUCUUGCUACAAAACCCACCCCAACGCCAGCGAAGACAACCUGGACUCUCCUCCUGUAUCUUACUUCGCCAGCCACGGGAUGCCAGGGCGGAGAGACAGUGUUCUACCCCGAUGAUCUCCCAGGCAAGAAAUCUGUAGUCGAUAAGGAGAUUGUGGUCAGCCUCGAGACUGGAAUGCUACUUCUACAUAAGCAUGGUAAUGACUGCAUGUUGCAUGAAGGGAGGGAAGUUUUAUCAGGAGAGAAAUGGGUCAUCAGAACAGAUCUCUGUGUAAGAAGAUGA